AUGAGUUACAACGGUACAUACUUUCACAUGUGAAUGAUGUGCAUUUCAUUGUUCACAAGUAAAUUUCUUAUGGACUAGACAGAUGGAUUAAUUUUAGUUCGCACUUAAAUCAAAAUAAUAUUAUGUCAAGUGAAAAGAAACUUGGAAAAGAGCAAGAUAAAAAGAAAGCAUCAUGUUUAAUGAAGAAACAAAUUAUAAAUUUGAAGAUGAAGACAGUGCUGAAGAUUAUUUUAUCUUCUGUAGUGGGUCCUCUGAUUCUGUAUGGCGUAUUUUUCAUAUAUCUAACGCAUUUGAGGUAUCUAUUAGAGAGACCGAUGAUAAUAAAUGAAGCUAGACCAAAGUUUUGGAUCUACGCCAAGAGCAAUGACACCGGUUACCUGAAGCAUGUAUAUUCAGUACUCCAACGACUCGGUUUCCAGGAAGGUAAUAAUAAAUCCGAUUGGGAUUUGUUGUGGGCUCACGAUUAUCCUUUUCGUGUGUUGUCCGCAAGCUUAAAUAAAUUGCAACAACAUCAGCGAGUUAAUCACUUCCCUGGUUGUGGUUACAUCACGAAUAAAGUGGAUUUGUCGACGUCGCAUGGCAGUCGGUAUAUCCCAGCAGCGUUCAAGAUGCCUGAAGACCAGCAAGCUUUCAUCGAUUAUUCUAAAUUGAAUCCCACAAAGCUGUUCGUACAGAAGUCGAACGAUCAUCGUGGCAUUCGCAUUCGCGACAGCAGCGAUACAAAUUUCACUGCCGGCACAUUCGUCCAGGAGUUUAUCGAACGGCCGUUCCUCGUGGAUGGCUACAAGUUCGAUAUUGGCGUGUACACCGUUAUCACCUCUGUGGAUCCGCUGCGGGUGUACAUUUACAAGGGUGACGUGCUGUUCCGCUUCUGUCCAAUCGAGUACUAUCCGUUUGAUCCGGAGAUUCUGGAUAAAUAUGUGGUUGGCGAUGAUUAUCUGCCGAUUUGGAACGUGCCAUCCUUGAAGAAAUACUAUGUUGAACUCGGGUACUCGAUGAAGGACUCAUUCGAUGCAUACGUCAGGGAGCAAGGAAAAAAUCCGGCAGAAAUGUGGAACCGAGCGUAUGAUGCUAUUCGGGAGGUCGCUCUGAUGAAGGAGGCGCAAAUCAGAAAAGUCUCCAAGCGCUUCGGCAAUGGCAGAAAUUUCUUCGAGCUUGUAAGAUUCGACUUGGCCCUUGAUGAGGACCUGAAUGUCUACAUGAUGGAAGCAAACAUGUCGCCGAACCUGUCUUCCGCGCAUUAUCCUCCGAAUCAGUUAUUAUAUGAGCAAGUCAUAUUUAAUACGUUUGCGUUGGUUGGUAUCGCCAACAGAAUCAGAAAAGAAUCCUUGAGGAUAAGAAAUAAAAAGGAAGAAGAAAAGGAAAUAGCGAAUAAAAAUAUCGUAGUGCUACCGGAACUCUGUAAAAAAUGUGAUAAUGACUGCUUUCGCAUAGAAUGUCAAUUGUGCCGACCGUGUUUCACACCAGAAAUAAAACUCAUUUUAUCGCACAGUUAUCUCGAGCAUCAAAAUCGAAUGGAUUUUCAAAGAAUUUUCCCACCAUCUAUAACAAGGGGCAUGAUGCUGAACAACUACACACUAAGAAAUCAAUUACUUAUUAGAUGGUACCAAGGAAAAUGCGAAUUAGACAAGACAUGGUGCAGUUGAUCAUAUGAUUAAAUCAAAAGUAUAUCGUGUAAGUCCUAUGUAAUAUUUAUUUUAGAUAUAUGAAACUGUAUAUGUAUAUA